ACCGCGCUCAGAGUAGGAUCCCGGCUCGACGCCGCCAUGAGCGCCGCGCUCUUUAGCCUGGACGGCCCGGCACGCGGCGCGCCGUGGCCCGCGGAGCCCGCACCCUUUUACGAGCCGGGCCGGGCGGGCAAGCCGGGCCGCGGCAGCGAGUCGGGGUCUCUGUCCGAGCCAGGCGCCGUUGCCCCUGCCAUGUACGACGACGAGAGUGCUAUCGAUUUCAGCGCCUACAUUGACUCCAUGGCUGCUGUGCCCACUCUGGAGCUGUGCCACGACGAGCUCUUCGCCGACCUCUUCAACAGCAACCACAAGACGGGCGCGGCAGGCGCCGGUGCGGGCGCCCUGGAGCUGCUGCCCGGCGGCCUUGCGCGUACCCACGGCCCAAGCACAGCCGCCCCGCGUCCGCUCAAGCGCGAGCCCGAGUGGGGAGACGGCGACGCGCCCGGCUCGUUGCUGCCGGCGCAGGUGGCCGCUUGCGCGCAGACCGUGGUGAGCCUGGCGGCCGCCGCACAACCCACACCACCCACGUCGCCCGAGCCACCGCGCUGCAGCCCCGGGCCGAGCCCUGCUCCUGGCCCGGCACGGGAGAAGAGUGCGGGGAAAAGGGGCCCGGACCGCGGUAGCCCGGAGUACCGGCAGCGGCGCGAGCGCAACAACAUCGCGGUGCGCAAGAGCCGCGACAAGGCCAAGCGGCGCAACCAGGAGAUGCAGCAGAAGCUGGUGGAGCUGUCGGCCGAAAACGAGAAGCUGCACCAGCGCGUGGAGCAGCUCACGCGGGACCUGGCCGGCCUUCGGCAGUUUUUCAAGCAGCUGCCCAGCUCCCCCUUCUUGCCGGCCGCCGGGGCCGCCGGGGCCGCCGACUGCCGGUAACGCGCGCCCCGGGGGCGGGAGAGACUCACCAACGACCGAUACCUCAGACCCGACCGGCCAGGGAGGGGAGCGCGCCCCACCGGGACGCA